AUGCAUAUAUAUGGAAGGAUAUGUGUUUGCAGAGUAACAUUCAAUGCUUCUUUGCUGCCACAGAGUCUCACAGACCUCUUGUUGCGCCAAGAAAGCCAGCUUAGAGAAUCUGCAGGAAUACUGAAGGAGAUCCUGUCAGAAACCAAAGGCUCCUUGGCGACAGAAGCCUCCUGCUCAGGCACCUUCCGAAAGUUCGGUGGAACGUGUCUGUACCUUGCCAAGGACGUCAAAAAAACUUGGGAUGCUGCUCGGACCUUCUGCCAGGACCUGGGAGGAGACUUGGCCGUGUUCCGCGACGCCAACGCACUCGCAGAGGCUAUUGGAUACGCUAAAGCUUUAGGCAUCCAUCGCAAUAACAAUGUGUGGGUGGGCGGGACAGACCGGACAGCCGAGGGGAAGUGGGAGUGGGUCUCCGGGGAGGACAUGCCGAGAGGGACGCCCUUUUGGGGAAUUUAUAAUAACGUCCGGCAGCCAAAUACAGGACGAGGGGAGAACUGUGCGCUUCUCCAUGGCAAGGAUGACUUCAUGAUGCACGACGCCCCUUGCGGAUGGACUGGUAUACCUCUCUGUCAAACGAAGCCGACUUAA